AUGCUCAAGUGGUCGGCCACGUUUCUGCGUGGAUUCCCGACCGCGUGUCUGAAGUCGAGCCUGGACGCAGCGCCACAAGCCAUGACGAACAGUGAACGCGAAAAAAUGGUCGUGCCAUGGAACCUUUUUGAAAUAGUCCUCGAAGGCGCCUUCGUGAACAUUGACGGCCUCAAUUGUGGAGAAAAGACCGAGAUUUACAGGUCAAUGCGGGCAUACAAGCUUGCAAUCGAGGAAGGCGUAAAAUUCUUUGUCUUCAGCAGCCUUGUCUACUCAUACAAGGUAUCUGGAUUCCGGCCCGAAUUCCGAUGCGGCCAUAUUGACGCAAAGGGCCGCGUCGCCGAAUUCAUACUCAGCCAGAACGUCGAGGUCCGCCGGAAACACGGCAUGAGCGCGGCUCUCUUCUCGACAGGCCCGUACACGGAGAUGACGAUCGGCGCCGAGACGCCGCUUUCCCCUACCGUGGAAGACGGCGUCGUGACAUGGAAGGUGCCGCUGGGAGACGGCGCUAUACCGCAAGUUGCUCUGGAAGAGUGUGGCCACUACGUCAAGUGGCUGUUUGAGAACCACGAGAGCGCCCACGGGAUGAACCUUGACAUCCUUGCGGCCGCGUUCGAAAAUGUUACCGGGAAGAAGGCUCGCUAUGUCGACGUCAGCUUCGACGAGUAUUUCUCCGGCCAGGCCUUGGCCGAGCUGCCUGCUGGCUACAAUGCCGACCCAAGCGAUCCGGCUACGAUGAACUUCCGCCAGAACUUCACGGGCUGGUGGAAUCUCUUUCGGUAUUCUCCUGACAACAACGGCGUGUACAGGAAGGACUACGCCUUACUCGACAAAAUCCAUCCUGGCCGGAUUAGAACCGUGGAGGAAUGGUUCCGGCGCGAGGAUCAGCGGGAGAGGGAGAAGGGCCUUGGAAGCCAGUGGGAGAGAGUACAGCCGGGAAAUAUCCAACAAGUCCUCAAGAUCCAGGACGAUGGCCACAAGGGCGCGUUGUAA